AUUUCAAUGAUCCCUUCAGUACUGAAGUUAAGCCAAGAAUACUGCUCAUGGGAUUGAGAAGAAGUGGGAAGUCUUCCAUUCAGAAAGUUGUCUUUCACAAAAUGUCGCCGAAUGAGACUCUCUUCUUGGAGAGCACAAACAAAAUCUGCAGAGAGGAUGUUUCCAACAGCUCCUUUGUCAACUUUCAGAUAUGGGAUUUUCCUGGGCAAAUUGACUUCUUUGACCCUACAUUUGACUAUGAGAUGAUUUUCAGAGGCACUGGAGCACUGAUAUUUGUUAUUGAUUCUCAGGAUGAUUAUAUGGAAGCAUUAGCUCGGCUGCAUCUUACUGUGACCAGAGCCUAUAAAGUGAAUCCAGAUAUCAACUUUGAAAUCUUUAUCCAUAAAGUGGAUGGUUUAUCUGAUGAUCACAAGAUUGAAACGCAAAGAGAUAUUCACCAAAGGGCAAAUGAUGACCUUGCAGAUGCUGGAUUGGAGAAGAUUCACCUCAGCUUUUAUCUGACAAGCAUAUAUGAUCAUUCUAUAUUUGAAGCGUUUAGCAAAGUGGUACAGAAACUGAUUCCACAGCUCCCAACACUGGAAAACCUGCUUAACAUCUUUAUUUCAAAUUCUGGGAUUGAAAAAGCAUUUUUAUUUGAUGUAGUCAGUAAGAUCUAUAUUGCAACGGACAGUACUCCGGUGGAUAUGCAAACUUAUGAGCUCUGCUGUGAUAUGAUAGAUGUUGUGAUUGACAUUUCUUGUAUAUAUGGGCUUAAAGAUGAUGGCACUGGAACUCCUUAUGACAAAGAAUCAAUGGCAAUCAUAAAACUGAACAAUACAACUGUCCUUUAUUUAAAAGAGGUGACAAAAUUCCUUGCUCUUGUUUGUUUUGUCAGAGAAGAAAGCUUUGAGAGAAAAGGAUUAAUAGACUACAAUUUCCAUUGUUUUCGAAAAGCCAUACAAGAAGUAUUUGAAGUAAGAAUGAAAGUAGUAAGAUCUCGAAAACAUCAAAGCCACAUGCAAAAAACUAAAAGACCCACUCCCAAUGGGACACCAAGAAUGCCACUGUAGCUGACGUUUUCUGGCACGGUGGCUAGCAAGUUUUCAUGAAGUUGAUGUGACUUCUGCUUCUCGUUGCACUGAGUGAAGAGGAAAACAAAUGGGACUGAUGUAUUAUAUUAAUUUUUCCUGAACGUUCAGAAAGCACUGUUUAAAUAUUUUUAUCCAAUCAGUUUUUUUCAUAUAGUGAGCACUUUGAGCAGAAUGUUGUAUAUAUAAGCAUUGAGGUGAACACUUGUAAGAAUUUUCUUAAUAUAUGCUGUAAACCUUUUUCAUGCCAUAUUAAGAAAACCAGCUGUGACAGAAAUACUGGGUACAUAAUUUGCACUUUUUCAUGUUUUCCUUGUGGAGUUGGACUUUGAUAAACUUAGUUUUUAUGGUGAUUUUGAUGCAUGGUGUCAGGUAAAAUGUAUGCUGUAGUUUAUUUACCUGCUACAAUCAAAUUGGUUAGUAAACAAUUAAGAAAACUUGGUACAAUGCCUUUCAAAAUUUGUGACAGCUAAUACCUAACAUUCAUACAGAUUUAAUUUCGUAUAUUUUUCAAUUUGUAAACUGAAGAAUAAUUUUGAAGUAUUACAGCAAUAAGCACCUUACCAGGGAUCAUAUCUGGUAGGUAAAUAUUAGCUUUUGUAAAACAGGCUUUUGGCCAAAUUUCAUCCAGAGUUCUCCAUAACACUGGUCAUGCCCUCUGUUGGGCCUGUUUUUUAUUAUUUACCUCAGCAUAUACCACUAAAAUACCUUUCUAUAAAGAUAAUUGUUUUGUAAAAUGGCUCUAUGUUGCACUGGUAUUUUUAUAAGGCUUCAGAGGAGGAUGUUGUAUCUGAAAGGUUGAAUUUACAUUGCUAAGUUUGUUUUGAGAGCCUGCAGAUCUAUAGUUGGCGCAGUGAAGACUCUGACAUCUGAUGUACCGGUAGGAAGUCCUAAAGAUGUGAGCACUGGCUUCUGAUUCCCUUUAAUAGGGGUACAUCUGUGAUUGAAAUCAAGAAGAGACCAUUAAAACAAGGACUGGACAAUCUACCUGCUGUAGUAAGCAGCGUACAUCGCUACUUUUUAUUUUAAUAUUGAACAGGGCCAGACUUGCCACAGGAUCAGCCAGGACAGCAGAGCACUCUCAAACCUAAAAAGAAGUAAAACUUACUUUCUGAGUUCUGUA